CUGCACCCUCCCCUGGGCCCACAGGGCACUGUGCUCCGUUGCUCCGAGCCAGCCAGCGAGCAGGGGAAGUGUGUGUGCAUGGGGUCACACUUCUGAGUGUGGGGGCGCCUGCUGGGGAGUGGGACUGGCAGGUGUGGGUGGGGCUCCCAAGCUCCGACCUUCCUGCCCCACGUAAUGUUUUCUCUGCCCUUCAGGCAGCCUGAGCCGGGCAGGGCCCCUCCCUCUGCUUCGGCAGCCCCCCAUCAUGCAGCCCCCGCUGGACCUCAAGCAGAUCCUGCCCUUCCCACUGGAGCCGGCCCCCACCCUGGGCCUCUUCAGCAACUACAGCACUCCUGCCUCCGCAGAUGGACCCUGUGCAGAAGGCCGUCCUGUCCCACACUUUCGGGGGGCCCCUGCUCAAGACCAAGCGGCCCGUCAUCUCCUGCAACGUCUGUCAAAUCCGCUUCAAUUCCCAGAGCCAGGCUGAGGCCCACUACAAGGGCAAUCGCCACGCCCGAAGAGUCAAAGGCAUCGAGGCUGCCAAGACGCGAGGCAGGGAGCCCGGCGCCCGGGAACCCGGAGACCCAGCUCCCCCGGGCGGUGCCCCCCCAAACGGGGAUGGUGCAGCGGCCCGUCCAGUUUCCAUGGAGAAUGGACUGGGUCCAGCCCCGGGAUCCCCAGAGAAACAGCCUGGCUCCCCAUCUCCUCCCAGCAUUCCGGAGACUGGUCAAGGUACAACCAAGGGUGAAGGCGGGACUCCAGCCCCAGCUGCCCUGCCGGGGGGCAGCAAGGAAGAAGAGGAAAAGGCCAAGCGGCUGCUCUACUGUGCUCUGUGCAAGGUGGCAGUGAACUCCCUGUCCCAGCUUGAGGCUCACAACAAAGGUACUAAGCACAAGACCAUUCUGGAGGCCCGAAGUGGGCUGGGCCCCAUCAAAGCUUACCCUCGCCUGGGGCCGCCCACUCCCGGGGAACCGGAGGCCCCUGCCCAGGACCGAACCUUCCACUGUGAGAUCUGCAAUGUCAAGGUCAACUCGGAGGUCCAGCUGAAACAGCACAUUUCCAGCCGGCGGCACCGAGACGGCGUGGCCGGGAAGCCCAACCCGCUCCUGAGCCGUCACAAGAAGCCUAGGGGCGCGGCGGAGCUGGCGGGCACGCUGACUUUCUCCAAGGAGCUGCCCAAGUCCCUGGCGGGCGGCCUGCUCCCCAGCCCCCUGGCGGUGGCUGCGGUGAUGGCAGCGGCCGCGGGCUCCCCGCUGUCCCUGCGCCCCGCCCCGGCCGCGCCUCUCCUCCAGGGACCGCCCAUCACCCACCCCUUGCUCCACCCGGCCCCCGGGCCCAUCCGAACUGCGCACGGACCCAUCCUCUUCUCCCCCUACUGACCCGAACCCCCAGCCCCCCCCGUGCGACCCCCCACCUCCAGCCGGGACCCAGGCCUCCAGGCUCCAAGCCUGCCCCCACUCCCGGCGCUCCCUGAAUGAUCUCUCUCCUUCCCCCCCGCCCCGAGGUACGGGGUUCCAGGAAAGGGGAGGGGUAGCGGGGGAGGGGGGCUUCAGAAGGGGGGGAACACCCCAGAUCUCAGGGAACCCCGCCCCCUGCCCUUCCCUCUCCCCUAGAAAAGGGGGGGCCGUCUCACCCCCGAGCCCCCUUGGAGACACCCCCCCUCCCAAAAGCCAUGUCCAUUCAGCCCUUCCCCCCCAAACCUAGCACAAAACGGGGUUCACAAGCCAUGGUCGGAGUCCGGGGGGCAGAAAUGGAUUUUCCUGGCAAUAAGCGGACUCUGGGACUCCGGCCCCCUGCCCCCAAACUGAAGCGCUUCCGUGAACACCCCCGUCCUCCGCAGGGGGAGGGGAGCAGGCGGGGUCCUGGGUCCCUCCAAAGCACUUGGGUGUUCCCGCCUGCAACCUCACUGUGCCCGGCGCACCUUGCCCGACCCAGGCCCCGGGGGCGCGGGGCCGCUCGGGGGCAUCUCCGGCACUUGGGUGGGACCAAGUAGAUGCCCCCACAGGCCCCUCCCUCACCUCCUCCUCCCCACCCAGUCUGGAUUCCAUUCUUUUCACCAGCACCCAUCGCCCAAGGGGUACCGAGGGGGGCAAGGGGUGUCCAGUCCAAGCCCACCCCCGCCUCGCCUUCCGCAAAACUGUGAGCAAAAAGCAAUAGAAGCCUCGCCCCCGCCCCGGCCCUUUCCGCAGGAUUCGCUGAGUCUGUAGCCUCCCCCGUCCCAGCUCCUAGACCUCGUGGCUGUCCCCCCACCAGACACCCACUACUGCACAACUCGGGCGGGGCGUGACCUCCCCGCCUCCGUGGUUUCCGUGUCGUCAGCCCCGCCAGCAGCCGACCCGGAGGGGGACGGGCCCCACUGGCCUUCCCGUCCCCACCAACUCUUACGCUUGACGAUGUAGCAACCCCGGCCCCCCCACGUCCUCCCCUCCUCUCCUUGACAAUAAAGUCUGGAUUCGUUGCCCUCCGUC